CCGAGCACAUGGCGGCGCCACGGCUCGGGAGGCGGGCCGGCAAUGCCCACGCCCCCAGCCCGAUACCGAUAGCGAUAAGGUCCAAAUCUCUAUGGAGAUCCUACUGAUUCUCGGCCUUACUGAUCCGACAGUCGGACUUAAAACGCUCUAGUGUGUCGCCGCUUAAAACGCAGUUGCGACUCGCGUCGGUCACACGUAUCCCGACCGCGGGUCGAUCCAAGAAUCGCCCUAAUUUAUUUUCCAUGUUAUGUUUCGUACCGUUUAUUAAUUAACUAUGGAAGUCAGUGCUAUGCCGCCGAUGCCGUUGGACUUUUCGAUGGUGAGGAGUGGUAGUGAUUCUCCAGGGGUGGCCGUGCGAGAAGAGUCGCCCAGGUCGUCGACAAACAGCGCCUUCAGAGUGGUUACCCCUAAAGGAUUAUCAGCCAGCGAAGCCCUCCGCAACGGUCUCUGUCAGUCUUUGUGGAGUGCAUCGGUCAGCAGACCCGAACCGAGGGUCGCGUCGCUACCGCCGGCUCAGAACCUUGACACUUACUCUAGAGAAAAAAUCAAGUUUGGCAUCAAUCGGCUAGUCGGCGAUAGAACGGACGAGGAAGAAGAAGAACUACACAACAAUGAGACUAGAGCUGAAGGCACAUCACCAGCUUCACGAUGCGGCAGUCCAUGCUGGGCUCCAUCUCCUCAAUCGCCAAGAUCAGUACGAUCCAGUUCACCUGAACUCGAGGUGGAUUCUCCACCUUCAUCGCCACGGAGACAACCCGACUCAUCGCCUCCACCAAAACGAUCAGAAGCAUUCUCGGUCAGCGCUUUGUUGAGACCAGAUGCCCCAAGAGUUCAACCUCAAAGACCCUUUUUAUAUCCACCGUUACCUUUUGCUGAGUUCUUGAGAGACGCUGGCGGUCUUGGUCUCCACGGAUGGGGAGGCUACAGUAACCUAUAUCUUCAUGCUGUACAAGCUGCAGGGCCGGAAUUGUUGAGGCUUCGAGCGGCAGUGCUUGGAGCUCCAGGACCUCUGACCAGGCCAUUGCCGAUCGGAGAUGUGUAUUCAUGUGUUAAGUGCGAGAAGAUGUUCAGUACACCCCAUGGCCUGGAAGUUCACGCGAGGAGAUCUCAUAACGGCAAAAGACCCUUUGCUUGCGAACAAUGCAGUAAGACAUUCGGCCAUGAAAUCAGUUUGAGUCAACACAGGGCACUACACAGCGUGGCGAAACUCUUCGAGUGCAAACAAUGCGGGAAAACCUUCAAGAGAUCGAGCACUCUCUCCACUCACCUGUUAAUUCAUUCCGACACCAGGCCAUACCCUUGUCAGUACUGCGGAAAGAGAUUCCACCAGAAAUCUGAUAUGAAGAAACACACAUACAUACACACCGGUGAAAAGCCCCACAAGUGCCAGGUCUGCGGCAAAGCUUUCAGUCAAAGCUCGAAUCUGAUCACACACUCCCGCAAGCACACCGGCUUCAAGCCGUUCGCUUGCGAGCUUUGCGGGCGCGCUUUUCAACGAAAGGUCGACCUUCGCCGGCAUAAAGAGACGCAGCAUGCCAAUUUGAGGGCGACCCAGCCUAUGCAGCCUUCGCAUACAGAUGUCCAUUCCAUGCACUCAGAUAUGCAAAUACCUGACCAUAGAAUAGAUAUCCGCCCUCAUCCCGAGUUGCGGCCUCCGCACCCCGACUUCGGAGCGCCGCCACACAUGACCACCGCAGUACCACCACUCCAGCCGUUGCCGUCCUGAACUACAACCGCCUUUCCGCCCAACUGGCGUUAAGGCAAAAUCACCAAAGAUAUAAUUAAUCACUGUAUCCCAAAUAAAUCCAAAGAAGAAAAUUGUUUAAUUCUGGAAAUGAUGUUCCAGGAUAUACAAUCAAUAGUACUUCUAAUAGCUUAUGUAAUCUUCUUGUGCGCUAAUUAAGUAUUGGACAGAGUCAAUGUAACUGACAACAGUUUUAUUCUAGAUAAAGAAAAGAAAACAAACAGUAGGUACUGUACCAAAAUUAUUAAUAAUAUUAGUUCUUAGUCCUUUGAGGAGAAUUUCUGUUAUUAUAACUUAUUGCACUUAAAUAGUACCGAUUCAAGGAACUUGAAAAAUACAAAAAAAUAAACGGCUUUUAUUUUACAAGUGACGUCAUUUGUGGUCAAAAUAAGUGACGGUCAUCACCACAACUUUAGCCUCGUAUGACAUCAUACGUUAUCAGUGCUGUUAAAAAAAACUGUUAUAUUGAGAUGUUUAAUAUUUUCUUCUUUUUCUUUUCGUGUUCUCAUCCCUCUAUGAUUGGUCAGCACUGCAUGUCCUCUUUCUCCAUUCAGGCCUAUACGUAUCUCAUCUAUAUACGUCAUCUCUGCCAGUCUCUUCUCUCACAUAUCCUCUUCCACACAUUCCAUCCAAGUCUUUUUAGAACGGCUCCUCCUCACAUAUCCCAAAUGUUUAAUAUACUAACCAUUAAAAUUUCAGCAGUAAUCAGAUGAUCGUCUUAAUUAAAAACAACCUGUAAAACUUUGUAAAUCUUCAAAUAAUGUCUUACCUAUAUCCGAUUGACGUCUAAUGUGAAAUAACUUUGCUAGGGUAUUUGAUAUAAGAUAAAUCGCAUUAUGAGGAUUGUUUUUUUUAAUAGUUCUUGCAUACCAAAAUCGAUACAUUGACAUGCAAAGAACACUAUAUAAACUAGAUAAUGAAAAAAGUUGGUUAGAAAUAAUAUAAGAAUAUAUACACGAUCUUUUUUAAUGGUGCCCACUUUGUAAAUACGCUGUUGCAUCGAGUUUGUAAAACUUUAAUGUAUGAUUAGUUGAAUUAAAUAGGUAUAAAGUUUUUGUGCUUAACAAAAACGAUUUUUGGUAUAAGACUGUAACAAUUAUAAUGCUCUCGUGUCAUCGUAGGUACGUGUUAUCAUUUAGAAGGUAAAGAAUGGCUUUACCUCUACUUUUAUUUUCUCUAACUAUGCUGUUUGCCUUGAGCGGCUAUAUCAGCUUCUCCUUGACGUGUAAGUGAGCUCACGAGGCUCAAGCCGGGUGUGUUGCUAACACUGGCUCUAGCAAGAGCAGUA